GCAAACCACAGCCUUCACGAACAAAUCAAUCGCGCCUUCAUCCGAGCACAUCAAUCGCAUAAUUUCCCCACGCGCAACCUUAUACCAGCAACUACAUCACAAUGUCCGCCCAGCAAGACCAGCAGAUGGAGGGUGUCCAGGACAACAAGGGCAAGGGCAAGGCCCCUCAGCAAGACAACCUGGAGGAGUCCGAUGACUCCAGCGAUGAAUCUGCUGGCGAGGAAGUUGCCGUUGAACCUGAGGAGGCCGACGAAGACAACAUGGAGGAGAUCGAGACAUCGAACAUCAUCCACGGUUCCCGCACACGCGGCAAGACGAUCGACUUCGCGAAGGCCAACGAGGAGCUCGGCGAUGACGACGAGGAGGAUGAGGACGACGACUUCGUUGACCCCGAUGAUGAGAUGAAGGACUAAGGGGCGCAAAGCGCGCAAGUCCAGUCUUGGAGCGACAUUGACGCGAUUACGACCCUUUGAUGUUGGCAAUGCCGACUGGAUGGUGAUGGAGUAUGAUACACGGAAUAACUGGGAGCAUUGGGUAGCGGGCACUUCCUGCAAACAUUGAAAGGUCUUGGCGCGAUUUGCUGGGGAGUGAGGGGCUGUUGAGCGCGCGUCAAGGCGCGUGAGUUUCGCACUUCGCCCACCUACAUCACGGCUGUAGCCACAAAAACGCAUUAUGAAUUAAUCUUCGAGCAUCGAA